UUAUGGUGGAGUUCUGCUGAACAGUUCUGUAUCAAGCUGCACGGUUUAUGUGGUUUUAUAAAUGUUUUAGAGAUUGUAAGAAGCAUAAGAGGAUAUUAUUGGAUGCCUGAUAAAGACUUGAUUUGCUGCAUCCAGCUGAGUUUCUAGCAUCAACCUGGUUCCUGUGACUCAGGUUCAGUCAUGGUGGUGAAGAAGAAAGUGCCCAAAGUGGAGCCUGUUGUUUUGGACAUCUCUGAGCUGAAGAGUCUGAUCAAAUCAUUGUCUGUAGAUGGAGAGGAUAAAUCCAGGGAGCUUGCCCAGGUGCUGAAGGUCUGUUUGACUUCCAUGGACCCGGUGCAGCAAGUCCAGCUUGUGUCUAAGGCGGGUUCUAUGCUGGAACAUGCAUCAGAGGCUGAGUCUUCACCAGAUCCUUUACUCACUGCAUGCUUGGACACUCUAGCAGUCAUAUACACUAGCACACUGCAGGCUAAGAAUCCACUGAGGAGGGCUGUGGCCAGUGCCUUGGGGAAUGUUCCUGACUGGCUGCAGGAAAAAGCUGUGUGCUGUCUGUCUGAGCGCCUGUCUGUGUCCUUGUCCUCUCUGAGCACAAAACAUUAUACCCAUCUCACCGACUGCAUCACUUCCUGUCUGGACUCUUUCCCCAUUGGGGAGAAAUGUGUUCAUCGCUUAAUAACAGAAGUACUUCAAUUCUUCCAGAAAGUUUUGAGAGAAUGUCUAGAGCAAAACAGGGGUCUGGCUGGUUGCCAUGUAGCCCAGGCCCAGCUCAUGCAGAGCUGUCUGGCUGUGGUUAAAGCCUCCAUGUUGGUAGUUCAGAGAUCUCAGGAGCUGAUCAGUGCUUCCCAGCUGGAGACGUCGAGCAGCAGCGCUCUACAGCAAGCAUUCAGUGGACUCCUACAGUGUUACACACAAAUUCUCACUGAUGAGGAGUUUGUUCAGGCAGUGCAAAGCACAGCUGGAAUGGCUGUAGUACUGCUUAUAAAGUCUGUCAUGGGAAAUGGGGACAGUCUAGCUGUUCUGGUGGCAGGUCUUCUGCAGUGCACCCAAAAGGAAGGAGAUGGUGCCCCCCAGUGGUUGAAAGAGAGCUGUGCAGGACUGUAUGUGAGAUGCAGGCCGGCUGCGCUGGCUCUGUAUAUGAGCCACGGAGCUCUAGCCAUGCUCAACUGGAGAGGAAGGACACUUGGCUUACAGGAUGAGAAACUGCUGCUCCUUAUCCCUGAUGUGAUCCUGUCUCUUGAUGCAAGAGUGAAGGAGUCCAGUACUGCAAUGGUGGUCUCUAGAGUUCUAUCCCUAUGGGGCAGUGCUGCUAUUGACUGCCUCCAGGCUGACCCCAAACCUUCUCUUCUCCGCCAGUCACUCGAUGGCGAGAGCCUGCUUCCCUCACGUCUUCUUCACCACGUCUAUGCUCACUGGGAGCACCCGUUGGACGGCGUGCGCCACCAAUCUCGCAUCCUCUUCCGAAAUCUUCUCCUGCUUCACCAGCAAUGCGGUGGUGACCCUGCAUCUGACCCAACUUUUGACCCUUACAUUACCCGGCUGACCCACAGCCUGCUUGCACUGGACUGGCAUACGAAGGGCAAGUAUGGCUCACUGGCAUGUCUGGCUGAGCUCUUAGGUGCUGAGUACCUUCUCAAACUUGAUGCCAGUUUGCCUUUCAGACUGCUAGCCCUCAUGGGUGAUCAGACACUGGCAACCUACUCAAGCGAGCUGUUAGAGAGACUGUUUGUGAGUCACAAGGGUCAGCUGUGUGCCAUUCCAAACGACCACGGCUGGAUGGAUGACUGGCACAAGACUUGGGUGAUCCCGCUGCUUGAGGUGCUAUGUACAGCCAGGCUGGAGCAGACCACAUAUAUUUUGGACUACUUUCUGCCCAAAUUGCUGCGCUGUAACCCUGCUAGUUUAGCGUGCAUGGUGCAGGCCUUGCAGGACAUGCCUUUCAGCUCAAAUGGCUCUGUGGGUAGCAGAGGAGCGCUGGGCGCAUUGAUGACCUGUCUCCGUGCUGCCAGAGCUCAGGGAGUCCUUAAACCUGCUGAUGUGCAACUUUGGGGCACGAUGGUACCUCUCCCGUUACUAAAACAAGCCCUGGUGCACAAACAUGACCAGGUGCGUGUUGACGCCCUUGGAUUGGUGUGCGAGAGCCAUCGCAGCACAGAGACCCUCUCCACACAGGAAAUGGAACUGCUUCGCCACUUCCUGCCCAGCAACUUAAACAGCCAGUCACCUGGAGUCAGACAGCAGAUGGUCAGCCUGUGGAAAAAGCUCCUGUGUAGGAUGAAGGAGAGUACUCAGUCUUUGCAGAAGAGACUGGCACAGGAGAAAGAUGAGCAGCAGAGACAGAGAGACCAGAACAUCCUCAACUCAUACCAGGAGUUCCUCUGCUGGUUUUGUGAGAGUUUAUUCCAAGUGCUGCAGCCAGGAGCCUCUUUCUCCAGUUGUUUGGUGACUCUGCAGCUUUUGGGGCUGGUGGCUGAUCAUUUCUCUUUCAGCAUGGAUUUGGAGAGCUUUGCUUUGGGAGAUUGUGUGACUGUUCCACAUGCACAGGCUGUCUUCUAUUGUCUGUCCAGCAACUUCCUGGAGGUGAAACAGCUGGCCUGUACACUGCUGCAAAAACUGCCUCCCGAAACAGUAGGCUUACAGGAGCCGGCUAGUCUGCAGUGUGUGCUCCAGGCUGCUCUGGACCUCAGCACCAGUACCAAGCCCUUCGACAGCAUCACAGCUGCCCACUUGCUCAACCUGCUGCUACACCAGGAGGCUCUCCAGCAGGCGCUGCUCCAUUGUGCCUGCGAGAAAAGUGUUCCUCUACAGCUACCAGACUUUAUCCAGGCGUCCGAGGUCUCCAUUUUAGAAAACACACUAGCAGUGGUGCUGUUCCUGAUGACGUGUUUGAAAGCUGAAGUUGCUCAGGCUGAGACUUCUUUGCUCGUCGCCGCUGCUUCCUGUCCCUUAUACGGCAGAGUUCACUGUAUCACUGCAGCUCUUCAGCAACUCAACACUGGAUCUCUCCAAAUGCAAGCUAAUUGGAGUCAGGUUGUGGCAGACCUCAUGGCUCUGUGCUACAGGAUGUCCGAUGUGGUUUCGCCCGUUGUCCAGAGCUCCUCCCCCGAGGGUCUUAUCCCUAUGGACACUGACACUGAACCAUCAUCUGGUCUGCAGAAGAUCCUCCAGGAAAUCCAACCACGAGACACUAACGACUUCUUCACUAGCGCCCGAGAACUGGACGCCAGCUCUGAAGAGCAGCUACGCACGCCUCAGGCUACGAAUGAGGGAUCUGAAAUGUAUCGGGUCACUGCUCAGAUGGUACUAGUGUGCUGCUGGAGAAGUAUGAAAGAGGUGUCCAUGUUGCUGGGGGAACUGUGUCAAAGCAUGCCUCUACACACACACACAAACAAAGGCCUGAUCACUGAAGAACAGGUGGAGGGAGUAGGGCGAUAUUUCAGGGAGCAGCUGCUUCAGUCUCGGCACAGAGGAGCUUUCGAGCUGGCCUACGUGGGAUUCGUUCGUCUGACCGACAUGCUGUGCAGGAGUGGAAGCACCAUUUUACAACAACUCCCAGCCCAGUGGCUAAAGGAGGUUCUAGAGGAGGUGAAGUGUAGCGACCCUUCCUCUAAACUAUGUGCCACUCGCCGCAGUGCUGGAAUUCCCUUCUUCAUCCAGGCUUUGCUGUCCUCUGAGCCAAAAUCGUCCAGCUGUAGCCUGCUGAAGAUGACAAUGAGAGAGUUGACUGCGCUGGCCAUGCCGAGUCACGAUGGCGCUACUGACCGCAGCACCGUCCCACAGGUCCAUGCUUUGAAUAUUUUAAGGGCUCUAUAUCGGGACACACGUUUAGGAGAAAACAUUGUGCCUUUCGUGGCAGAAGGCCUGCAGGCCGCAGUGCUUGGCUUCACCUCCCCCAUCUGGGCUGUGCGAAAUUCCUCCACUCUCCUGUUCAGUACUCUGAUCACACGGAUAUUUGGGGUGAAGAGAGGGAAAGAUGAGCACUCCAAAAAGAAUAAGAUGACAGGCUGGGAGUUCUUCACUCGUUUCCCUGCCCUGUAUCCGUUUCUCCUCAGCCAGCUUGAAGAGGCUUCGUUCACUGACAGCGAUGCAGGACAAGUGAAGCUGCUCCCCAGUCUGUUCCUGCUGUUGCUGGUGUUAGGACGUCUCUACCCAUCACCUAUGGACGGAUCCUGUUCCCCUCUGGGCUUGGCCUCCUUUAGGCCCUUCAUAAUCAGGUGUUCUCGAUCCGCUGUAUACCGCACUCGAGAGAUGGCAGCCAGAGCUCUAGUUCCAUUUGUUCUAGUCACUGAUGUUCCCUCCACCAUCAGGACACUAUUAGAAGAUCUGCCCGGUCCGGGAGUCCAGCAGAAUCACAUCCAUGGAACCCUAUUACAGGUGCUCUUCCUCCUGCGUUCCUACCUGGCUGACGCUCAUCGGCCCCAGACACCAGGAGACCAAGACAGUGACUUCAUCUCGACCCUUCGGCCGAGAGUUUGGCUUGCCACAAGACAAAACCCAUGUUUGGUGACGAGGGGGACUAUGCUGGAUGUGCUGUCCCAUCUAUGUAAUUAUCAUUCUGCUCCUGUCGAAGAUUCUCAGCUGAAGAAGCUCCGUAUGGAGACAUUUGCCAUCCUCAUGGACUCUGAGCUUGUGGCUCCUCGCAAUCCUGAUGAGGUUCGCCUUUCUGGUCCUGGGGCCACGCAGUACCUACAGAGCCUGGCAAACCUGGCAACCAGAAUUGCAAUGGAGUCAUCUGCCCAAUGGAGCAUGCAGGAAGCAGAGGGGCAGCUCAAGGACCUCCUGAGUCGCCUGCUGCAGUGCUCGCAUUACGAAGUGAGACAACUGGUACUGGAGCGGCUUUUGGAAAGACUGCAGACCAACAGGGAACAACAAGCUCUUCCGUUUGACCUCAGCGUGUCCUUGUUAACUUACCUGGCAUUACAUGAGCCCCAUCCCAUGUGCCUAGCGAAGGUACUGCAGCUUCUCUGCGUCCUCCCGCUGUCCUCUGUCCUGCCAUGGCAGGUCAAUAGUAUGUCCUUAAGCGAUGAUGAGGCACUAGAUCGUCUCCUCUCUGUGGCAGAGAGCUCCACACACAGCUCGGAGCUGCACUGUGCUGCCCUCUCUUUGGCCUCUCGACUGGUGGCGCACCUGGCUGAAAAGAUGCCGUUGGAGGUGCCACUUGGGGUUGCAGUGUCUCAUGCUGCCCGCUGGGUGGCGCAGGUGACUCAGGACUGUAGUGAGGAACAGCCAGCCGAGGUCAAACAGGCCGCUGCAGAGGUGCUGGUGAAGGUCACGCCAUUCCUGUUGACCUCUGCCACAAUGCCUUUGGGUAUCACCCACACCCUGGCACUGUGGCAGAGUCUUUUCACCUUACUGCAGGAUGAGGACCAGGAUGUGAGAGACAAAGCUGCUGACUUUAUCUGUUACUUGCCAGCACAUCUGCUCACCACAGGUGUUGCCCAAGGAGCUGUUUCUCCCCCUGUUGCUCUGCAGAUGGGAGUGGGAAUUCUGUGUCAGCUGUUCCUGGUGUGGGACCAGGUGGCUAUUGGCAUGAUAACCCUGACAGAGUGGCUGCUGGGAGGAAAUCAGGCAGAGUUGGGCAACAAGAAAACCCCUGACUUGGAUGAGGAAUUCCUGUUUGAGAAAGGAGAACUCAACUUGUGGGCCGAGCCUCUGCAAUGGGCACGACUGUUACACAGACAUCUGUGCGCUUUGUCUGCAGCACCAGGCUCACCCACGUUUUGCCCAGCAGACCUUGAUCGUAUCUCUGCCACAGCUGAUGCCAAUGCUGACUCGGCCCGACGAGCAAUGAGCUCCCUCCCUGCCCUACCUCAGUUCUCCGCCACCAUAGAGCAUGCGAAGCUAACUCUGCUGAAUGAGCGGGCCACACUCGCUCAGAAUGUCCUGGCAACCAUCAUGCGAAGAACAGAGUCCAGCUGAAAACCAGAAGUCUUUCAGCUUCCUCUUACUUUUUUUUUUUUUAUACAUAUUUUAGUAAAUAAAAGGAUAAUCAAUUUUCCUUUCAGUGAGAAUAGUGAGAAACGUUUUUUUUUAAACGACUUUCGGCUGCUCACGGUGUCUGCAUCUUGGACAUGUUGCAGCUGAUGUCAGAGAAACCCAUUUACUCUGUGACUGAGUAUAAAUAUUAGGAUUAUAUUAGCAUUUCCUCUCCACUGCUAAAUGAGUAUAAUUUUCUGAGAUCAGUCCAGUUCGAUAUUUUAAACAAUGUUUUAGUAUAUCAUGUAUUUUAUUUCGAAUGUGGUGGCUGGCAUAUUAAAAAGGUGGAAGAUGUGCAAGUAUGACACCGACUACAAACUUUUUUCAUCAAAAUAAAAACUGAGGUUUUACUACGA